GUAGCCGGGGCAAAACACCCUUUUGCGCAAGAUCCUGUUUGCCUACCUUUGGGGAGGAUAAGGGUUCUUGCGCAGGAGGGUUUUUCGCAAAUGAGAGUGCGAGAAAUGCUACCGAGCGCUUCAUUUGCGCUGCCUCUGCCGACAAAUUCCUGCAGUGUAGCCGUCGCCUAAGAGUCCUGCAGAAGGAUUGGCCUGGUUUAAAGAAAAACGUAUUGCUGAAAUCAAGGAACGUGAUCCGGCGGCUAGCCUCCGGCCACCGGGAGAUGUGAGCCCCGUCCCUUGCUGUGACGGGCGGGGUGCAUCUUGAGUGCCUCUGCGGAUCACUCCUCUGCCUCACGGGAUAUAAUUAGGGGAGGAGCUCGGAGAUCUACACAUGCAAAGUGCUCCUACGUCUGUCUUGUGCCCCGAGGAGCGAGUGAAUAGCCCAGUGGUACUAAACUCCCUCGCUGACGGGGGUUCUUAGUCAGGGCUUCGGAAAACAAGCAGAUCCACUAGCAUCAGUUGGCUGGAUGUGACGGCAAGUCUUUUGUUGUCCCUGACGGGUGUGGUGCCUUGAAUAGGAUCUGGGAUCGAUGUCCUUCUCUGAAACGCCGAUCUUCCGGCGUGCGCCAUGCACGGGACCUUCCAGGACACCGCUGCAGGGAACAAUACAGGCAUGCGCGUGUCCACUCGGCGCCACAUGGUGUGUGCGGCAAUGGGUGUGGGUGUGAAGGACACGUCCACAGAGAUCAGUGCGGUAUCGCCACAGGUAGCCCGGUGGGCUUGUUGUGACUGGGGCGUUCCUCUCUGGAUCCAGAGCAUUGGCGGAUUCGGGCUCUGAAGCAUCCCCAGGGAGCUGACUUGGUGCCUCUAUGUUGCUGCCCUGUGAAGUGUUGUUGGCUGGGCCGGGGCUAGGGAGGGCUGACGCUUCCCUGGGUGGGAGAGAGCAGCUGCAGCCACAGCGGAGAAUUUCUUACUCCUGAUUGUCUUCCGUCCAUCUCUCUACCUUGCCGGCUUCUUGGAUCACAUUUCCCCUGUGGCCCGUUCCGAGAAGGAGAGAGACUGCCACGCCGCAGACCGAGCAGCUGGCUCUGGAUAAUCUCCUGCUCCUUUUGUGUGAAUGAUUUGCCCACCCUCGCGCUGCCUGCCACCUGACAAGAUCGGGUGCGGAAAGGUGUACAAGGGGCUGGACAUCAUCACAAACAAGGUAUCUUCCCGGGAGCAGGCUUCAUGCCAACACCACAUGAUCGGCUUCGUGGAUCCCUUGGUCUCUAACUACACCGUCGUGGACUUUCGGAACAAAGCCUCGGCCCUGAUUGAAGAGAUAUUUGCCCGAGAGAAGAUCCCAAUUGUGGUGGGCGGCACCAACUAUUACAUCGAGUCCCUGCUCUGGAAGGUCCUUGUCGACACCAAGGAACAUGCACGGAGGUGUGACUCGGGCAGCCCAAUCUGUGCCCCACAGGAGACGACCGGCCCUUCCCCUCGGGGAGCAGCCAGCCGGAAGGAAGAACUGGAGCAGCUGGACAGCCACGAGCUCCAUCGCCGGCUGCGCCAAGUGGACCCGGAAAUGGCGGCCAGGCUGCACCCCCGCAAUAAGCGCAAAGUGGCCAGGAGCCUGCAGGUGUUUGAAGAAACUGGGAUCCCCCACAGCGAGCACCUGCAUCGGCAGCAAGAGGAGGAUGGUGGGAGCCCACUGGGGGGGCCCCUGAAGUACCCACACUCCUGUAUCCUGUGGCUUUAUGCAGACCAGGCAGGUAAAGAGAGCGGAACGGGCAGAGCUGUCCUGGGGCCAGGGCUGGCUUCCCUCUGUGCCCCAGACACAGGCAGGGCCUCUCCCGUUCCCAGAGCAGCCUCCCUCCUGAGCCGUGUGGCAGCCUCGUCCGGUGCCUGGUCUGAGCCGGGAAGCCGAGAGCCCGGCUGCUUGAGAGCCAUGCUGGCUGCAGGGCUCCUGGAGGAGCUGCUGGACUUCCACCAGCGUUACAACCAGCAGAAGGUGGCUGAGGACUGCCAGGAUUAUCAGCACGGGAUUUUCCAGUCGAUUGGCUUCAAGGAGUUCCACGAGUACCUGAUCACGGAGGGGAAGUGCCCAAAGGAGACCAGCGCCCAGCUGCAGGAGAAAGGGAUUCAGGCUCUGAAACGAGUGACCAAGAAAUACGCCCGGAAACAGAACAAGUGGGUCCGAAACCGCUUCUUGACACGCCCCGGACCCCACGUGCCCCCAGUGUAUGGCUUGGAGGUGACUGAUCUCUCCCAGUGGGAUGAGAACGUGCUGAAACCUGCCCUUCAGAUUGUGGAGAGCUUCAUCCAGGGGCAGCAGCCGUUGGCCGAGCCUGUAAAGAUGGAGAGCAAGAUGCUUGAGGACAAAUGGAGUCAUCACAUGUGUGAGCUUUGUGACAAAAUCAUCAUUGGGGACCGCGAAUGGGCAGGUAGGAUCCGGAGGGGGGAGAUACGUGGGGAGGGCAGGAAGUGAGUCCAUAGAUACCUGCGCUUGGCCAUGUGACCUUCAUCACAUGAUCUCCGGUUUGUUUACAGCCCCUUAUAAAAGCAGCCACUUGCAAGCCUGGAGGGGGUUCGCAAGCCUUGCCAGAGCAGCCAUCUGUCAGCUCUUACCAUCGCGGGUGGGGGAGGACACAGUAAAGCUCACGCUCUCCUCUGGCAUGGGGUCGGAGGAGUCCUCGUAGUCAGAACCCUGCUUAGCGCGUGGCUUCCGAUGGGCCUUGUUACCAAGUCAGGAGGGUUAGUGAACAAAGCAGCUUGUUUCUUUUGCAGUUAUUGUUUGUGUGAAAUAAAAAACAGUCUGUUCUGGAGAGCUUUUUGAAGUCAGCCUUGCCCCACCCUUAAGGUUUUGUAAAACUAAAGCGUUUCCAGAUCUAAUGCCUACAGGAGCAUUUUCGUGAUUUUUUUUUUAAACUGAAUUUUAAUUCCAUUGAAAUAAAAAUCUUUUAAACCAAUUAACAUUCCUCGGAAGCGCAGAACCUUGAAGUGAAAUUGGCUAGAAACUGGCUCGCAGCAGCUGUGAAACGGACACCUCUGUCUUCAUUGUGCAAACUGAGUGAAAUGCUGCAGUGUCAAUAGCAAGGACUAGAUUUUAAAGAUUCGUUUACUUGUAUUGAUUUAAAGAGAGGUUUCUAGCAUAGGGAAGCUGGUGCUUUUGAUGCAGCAGUUCUCUGUAACAGGCUUAAAUCGUAAAGGUAACGAUCUGGUUUUCAGUAGAUCUGUGUAUUGGGCUAGUCUGAAGACAUUUUAAAAGCCAUCCAGACACACCCAGAAGAGAGGCUCUGUGGGGGCAUGUCUACAUUACAGUGUUAUUUUGAAAUAGCUUAUUUCGAAAUAACGCGUCU